GGGCCGGAGCAGGCGCGUUCUGAUGUGAAUAGUGGAAGAUAGUGAGGGAUCAGGUCAUUGCUCUUCCAGCCACCGCUUCAUUCUCCGCCUCUCGGCUUCGGUGUGACCAAAGAUUUUUAAAGAGAAGAGCUUGAAGCUACAACUAUGGCUCCUGCCGUUGGAGGUCCAGUGGGCUACACGCCCCCUGAAGGAGGCUGGGGUUGGGCAGUCGUCGUCGGAGCAUUUAUAUCGAUUGGCUUUUCAUAUGCCUUUCCCAAAUCCAUCACUGUCUUCUUUAAAGAUAUAGAAGCAAUAUUUGGUGCAACUAGCAGUGAAGUUUCCUGGAUUUCUUCGAUAAUGCUGGCAGUCAUGUAUGCAGGAGGCCCUAUAUCCAGUAUAUUGGUAAAUAAGUUUGGGAGCAGACCGAUUAUGAUGUGUGGUGGUCUUCUCUCUGGAAUUGGUUUAAUUGGUGCCUCUUUCUGUCACACUGUCAGCCAACUUUACUUUUGUAUUGGUGUUAUUGGAGGUUUUGGUCUUGCUUUCAACUUAAAUCCAGCUCUAACAAUGAUUGGCAAAUACUUUUUCAAGAAAAGACCAAUUGCUAAUGGCUUGGCAAUGGCAGGCAGUCCUGUAUUCUUGUCAACUCUUGCACCUUUAAACCAAUACUUCUACAGUAUCUUUGGUUGGCGAGGAAGCUUUUUGAUCCUGGGAGGACUUCUUUUCAAUUGUUGCGUUGCAGGCUCCUUGAUGCGCCCCAUUGGACCGAAGCCUGAUGAUUCGAAAAAUAAAGUAACAAAGGAAGUUUUGGAGGAAGCUGGAAAGUGCAAAGACAAGGAUGCCAACAAAGACCUCAUUGAUGGCACAGUAAAAACAAAACCAACUUUCUUUCAGACAAUUAACAAGUUUUUGGACUUCUCCCUUUUUACUCAUAGAGGAUUUUUGAUCUACCUGUCUGGACAUACAAUCAUGUUCUUUGGACUCUUUGCACCUUUAGUCUUUCUUAGUAACUAUGCAAAAAGCAAAGACAUUUCUCCAGAGCGUGCUGCCUUUUUGCUUUCCAUCCUUGCCUUUGUAGAUAUGGUUGCAAGGCCUUCUAUGGGGAUUGUGGCAAAUACAAAGUUGGUGAGACCUAGGGUGCAAUAUUUCUUUGCUGUGGCUGUGCUCCUAAAUGGAAUAUGUCACCUUUUGGCACCUUUAUCGGUUGAUUAUACUGGUUUUGCAAUCUAUGCUGCGUUCUUUGGCUUUGCUUUUGGCUGGCUUAGCUCUGUCCUUUUUGAAACCUUAAUGGAUUUGGUUGGUGCACAGAGAUUUUCCAGCGCCGUUGGACUGGUGACAAUUGUGGAAUGUUGCCCUGUUCUUCUUGGGCCACCCCUCUUAGGCAAAUUAAAUGACAUAUAUGGAGACUACAAGUAUACUUACCAAGCUUGUGGGGUAGUACUCAUCGUAGCUGCAAUUUACCUGAUUAUUGGGAUGACUAUCCAUUACAGACUUCUUGCAAAAGAACAGAAAGCAGAGGAGCUAAAAAAGAGCCAAGAAGCAAAUGGCGGCGAAGCAGAACACAAAGUCAACAAUGAACUCUCAGUCCUUCCUCAGAAUUCAGAUGAUCUUGUUGUAAAAGAAGAGGAAAGUAACAUAUAGGACCAUUUUUUUUUAUUUUUUUUCCCCUCUGGUGCUGGGUGGUAACCAUCAACAGGGUGACACUGAUACGUCACACUAGCCCAGUAUUGGCAUAGAAUUCGAUUUUUAAAGCCUUAUUUGAAGCGCAUGUUUUUUUUUUUAGCUUGCACACAAACAUUUCAUCAGACAGAAACUAAACGUUGCUUAUUUUAAUUCUUCAGUUCUAUGAAUGUUAAAACAUGUGCCUUAUUCACACAAUCUGUUCAGCCUCCCUUUUUAAACUCGUCAGUUUGGCUGCUUUUUAUUCAUGUAGUUUGCAGACUGCUGCGACAAGUAGCGGCCAUCUAUUUGAAGGUUUUAUUUAAUAGGAACAAGUGGACAGUACAAACCCCAUCUAUACGCAAUGCUUGGAUUCUGUCUUCCAAGGACUUCACGGGAUAAGAUUCAGAUGCUGCUACAAUAUAUCAAACAUUGGAAUUGACCUCUUCCCAUGAGGGGGGUAUUUUAAAUGUUUUAUUUUUCUUGCCCUCCUCGGGUCCAGAGGACAUGUUUCAAGCUUUGAUUAUAGCAGAAAAGGCUGAUGUAUAUUAGGAUAUUUUUUCAAGCUUCUGUAAUGUGGCUGUUGUGUGAAUUUGUUAAAUCUGUGCAGAUGUGGUGCGCACUUCAGUAUUAAAUCUUUCACUGCCAUAGAAGGCUGUGGAUAUCUCUUAAAGCUCUUCCAGCAUUCUAAAGGUCAGCUCCUUAUCACAUAAUUUUCUAAAGUUAGGCAUGCUGAACAUUUGCUAGUUUGCCUAGUCUAUAGCAAAAGCUACUUUUGUUAAUGUCUAUGUAAACGUUGAACCUUUCUUGGUUGCUCCUUUGCUCUUUUGGAAUUGGUUUGUAAUAUCUGUGCAAAAAAUACCUGUUGAUUUUACUAGAAAUCUUGUGAGCUGAUCACUUUGGUGUGCUCUGUCUGUGCACAGAGGGGGGUAUGAAGAUGGGAAGGGAAUUGGAAAGGUUUGUUUAUAAUCCAUUAGAAGUUGGGGUAAGAGCGAUGUGGACCACGGAUACUUUUGACAUUUAGAGACCCUUUGUCAUAAACGCAAGAGUGUAUUAUAUUUCUGGCAUACCAACAGUUUUUUUUCUGUACUUGCAGUGUAUUUAAAGGGAUAAAACAUGGGGUACUGUGGUAUCCAUAAAUUUCAAUUUUCAAUUUU